UUUUCCUGUUUACAUUUGUUGCCUAGCAACAAAGCGUCUCGCGUGUUUUCGGGGUCUUUCUUUUGACAUCAUUUCCGGAAGUCGAGACCCGUAUGUUUCAAAAGUCGAGAUCUUUCGGUGCAAGGUGGUCGUUACACUGCUUCCGAGCAUCAUCAAGGUCCGUUAUGUCCAGUGAAGACCUCAUUUCUGUGGAUUAUGAAAUUUUCGGCAGAGUGCAAGGUGUAUUUUUUCGGAAAUACACUCAAACUGAGGGAAAAAAACUUGGUCUUGUUGGUUGGGUCCGAAACACAACAGCAGGAACCGUCCAGGGGCAGCUACAGGGUCCACGGAAUAAAGUGGAGCAGAUGCAGGAAUGGCUGAAAACGACUGGGAGUCCCAAGUCACACAUCAUAAAGGCCGAGUUUGAGAACGAGAAAACAAUUGACACCCUAGAACACUCUUCUUUUAAAGUUGUUCAUUGAAAUGAGCUGUUGUGUUGAUUGUGCUUGUGAUAUUAACAUGUUUAUUUAUUUAGUUUUAUUAACUGCAGGUGUUCCAAAACUACUGUAAAGUAAAAUUAAUGCAAUGUUAGCUCUUCAAGCCGUAUAAUUACAUUAAUAAAUUCAAAAACCUUUCAAUAGGCAUCAUGUUGUUUGAUWUGUAUUCAAAUAAUUGCAACGAAUAAAUACUUUGAGGUCACUUUAGUCAACUUUAGAUCUUUGUUGUUAGUGACAUUUAAAGAAACAGAGAUUCUAGCAGUAAAAGCAAAGGUUUUGAUUAAUUUGCAUGAUGCAUAGUUUUGUUUAGCUCCCUGUGUGUGUAAACCACACUGCCAUUUCUUAGUAAUUUAUGCACAGCUAAAAUAAAUUAUUAAUAACACCUGAA